AUGGCAUUCACACAAGCAGCAAAUGUUGUUGAAAGAAUGAUUGGCCACGGGGACAAUGCCACAGUGACUACAGAUGUCAGCAACUACAAUGACCAUGGCAUGGAAACAGGAGAAAGAAUCCUGGCGACAACUUGGCAAGGCAAAAACAAUGUCAAAUUAGUGGAAAUGCCAAAACCGUCCGUUAUUGACCCAGGCGACGUGGUCGUCCGAGUGACGGGGAGCACCAUUUGCGGGAGCGACUUGCAUCUGUAUCAUGGAGUUAUUCCCCAGCUCGAGAAAGGUGAUGUUCUGGGACACGAGUGCUGUGGGAUAGUGGAACUAGUUGGCCCAGAAGCCAAUCGCCUCGAAGUCGGCCAACGCGUCGUCGUAUCAUUUCCAAUUGCCUGUGGAGACUGCGAAAAUUGUCGAAACCAACGCUUCUCUCAGUGCGAGAGGACCAAUGAGAACACCAUUGAGAAUGCAAUGUAUGGAAAGCGAACAGCUGGCAUGUUCGGGUAUUCCCACUUUACAGGAGGCUUCGCCGGUGGACAAGCCGAGUACAUUCGAGUGCCAUACGGCAACAUAAAUCUUCUGCCCAUACCAGAUGAUGUACCUGACGAGAAAGCACUCUAUCUAUCGGACGUGGUUGCUACCUCGUGGCACUGUGUGGUUGACACCGGGGUCAAGCAAGGGGACGUUGUUGGCAUCUGGGGUGCUGGCCCUAUCGGCCAGAUGUGUGCUGAAUUUUCCUUCUCCCAUGGGGCUAGUCGUGUGAUCCUCAUCGAUGGUGGGGAUGCUUCGUGGCGCCUGGAGUACGUGAAGGGGAAACUGCCGAAACUUGAGACAAUUGAUUUCACCAAUCUGGCUGGAAAAUCAGUGACAGCAGGGAUCAAAGAGCUGGUUCCAGGUGGCCUCGAUGUUGCCUUGGAGUGUGCGGCAGGCGAAUAUGCUAAAGGCUGGGCGCACUACUUUGAACAGAUGCUUGGAAUGGAGACCGAUACCUCGGAGCUUCUCAACGAGAUGAUCACUUCUGUUCGGUCAUUUGGCCGUGUUGGAGUCACGGGUAUCUACGCGGGAUAUGUGAGUUGUUCUUCAAGAGUCGUCAAUUACUCCACUAACCUCGGAACACGCAUGCAGACCAAUCAUUUCAAUAUCGGCGCUCUUAUGGAGACCGGAGUUCGAUUGAUAGGUAAUGGGCAGGCUCCUGUUCACAAAUACUGGGGGGAUUUGAUGAGUCUGAUCCAAAAGAAUGAGAUCAAUCCGUUGAACAUGGUCACCCACCGACUUCGCCUUGAGGACAUCGAGCGAGUUUACGAGGUCUUUGAGCGACGUGACCAAGGGAUGCAGAAGGUUUUCUUAGAAACCAAGCACUCUGGACCCCCGGCAAAGGGGAGCCUCGAGUUAAGCACACUGUGA